CAUCUGUAAGCACCUCAGAUGUUGUUUCUAUGGAAACAUCAUCAUCAAGCACUUCUUUAACUAUCGCCACUACUGAUACUGUUGCAACAACAAUAAGUAAUGCUAAAUCAGCAUCUGUUGGGAGCAAAUCAGGUGGGCAUGGGAAACCCAGCCGACUUGAUCGAAAGAAGAGAUGUUCUGCACCUGCUGCAUUGCCAACAGCUCAGGAACAAACUCCAGUAGCCUCAAAGCCACCAGAAAUGCAGGAACUAAUAGUGGAAGUGAAAGAAGAGAAGGAAGAACCAAAAGAGAGAGAAGAGGAAUUCAAGGAGGAGACUGUUGUGAAUGAUGUGACUACACCAAUCAAAGUAGAUGAGGUGAAAGAUGAGGUGGCAGACAUCUCAAUGGAAUCGGUUGAUGAUCCGGCUUUGACUAAAGAAGAAAUAGUACACUGUCUUUGUAACAUGGAUGAAGAAGAUGGAUUCAUGAUACAGUGUGAAACAUGUCUUUGUUGGCAGCAUAGUGGAUGUGUUGGAUUGAAUGAGAAUACUGUUCCUAAGAAAUAUAUUUGUUGUUUCUGUAAAAACCCAGCAGGUCAUCGUAGUCAUACUCGAUAUAGAUAUGAUCAAGAAUGGUUUAAAACUGGUGAACUAGCUGGUUUCCCGUCUGUACCUGACAACUAUUCUAAACAUGUAUCACCAGCUAUAUUAGCAACACAUGACUUGGUCAGUGAUAUGCACAUUGUUAAUGAACUACUCCAUGGAUUACAGAAUAAACUCACUGUACUACAAACUCCAAACCAUCCUGAUUUACGCUUGUGGUUGAAACCUAAAAGGCUGAGUGAAGAAGACAUGGUGGCUAAAAAACAAAAUGAAGAUCAACCAGGGUGUUCAAAUAUUGAAAUGAUACAUUCUAAAGACACCAGUGAUUUGGUAUGUGAAAAAACACCACAUAUUGAUGACAGCAAGAAUACUGCGCAAAGUGAUGAUGUAAGCAUAAAGUCCACACAACGUGAUGAUAUCAUACAGAGUGAGAACUGUAGCAACAACAAUGCAAAUAUUAUACCUCAAGGGGAAAAAAAUACAAAGGAUGAUAAUAGUGACAGUAAAAUUGAACUUAUGACAGACAAGGUUUCCAACUCGAAAUUAGAAAAUAAACAAGAUGGUGUGUCGUGUGUUGAAUCUUGUACAGAGAUUUUAGAAUCACAAAGUAAUGGAGCUAAAAGUAAACCAGAAAUCACAACAUCGCUUUGUGAACAGCCAGUACAUGAGACUAUAGAAAAAAUGGAUGAUAAAAUCAUUACAGAGCAGAAUAUAAAACAAGAAAUGCUGUCUGGAGUUAAUGAUGAAAAAGAAAUAAAAUUGAAAGACGAUGAAGACAUGGAAGUUGAUGUAGUCAAUGAUGAUACAGUGGAACAAAUCACAAACAAACAAAUUUCAGAACAAGGGAUGCUGAGCACUGAUAAAACUGACUCUUGUGAGGUGAAUGAAACAAAAGAAGUAAGAACAGAGUGUGUUUUCAGAAAACCUGCUGAUGUGGCAGAUGACAAGGCUGAAGUAAGUCAGUUGCCGGAAAUCGUUGUUCCUGCUAAGCAUACACUAUCAUUAACUACAGACGAACUCAGUGAACAGGCAACGUCUCAUGUGUCUGUGAAAGCAAAUGAGGAGAAAAAAGAAGAGAAGAAGGACUACUUGACUCCGAGCGUUUCCAAGAUACCUGGCAGUACUGGAAAUGUGUUUACACCUGUUGGGAAAGCAAAGGGGAGUAGAAAGAGAACUGAAUCGCUGAGAUCAGAGAUAUCAGAUAUUGAUGUGAUGGAUGAAGUUGAACCACUACCACCACUGGUCUGUGAAUGGAAUCUACUGCAGCAUAUAUCUCAAUUACAUGAUCAGUUGGACAAUAGAAUGGAUUUAAUUGAACAAGAAAUUACUGCAUUGGAAUCAACAUUUUUUUGUCAAGCAUCUGGGGAUGAUAUUGCCGAAGAGCUGCCACAUAUAAAAAGAAACAUUCGCAGACUUGUACAUGAUUUGACAAAAGUUCGUGACAUGGUCGUUAGGUGAUAGUAGUCACUCUGACUAUUCUCAGUAGCUUGGUUAUUGUAGCAUAAUACUAACAAAGAUGUGUGUUGAUAUGCCAAGGCAUUUAGUUUUGAUUUAUUCCUUUUAUCUUUCCCAAGAGUAUUUUACACUAGUCAAGAACCCGAGUCAACAUUCCAUGUAUUUCAUUUAUAGAUUUUAAGUUAUCUUUUGUUGAGUUGUCUCAAAUUUAUUUUGUUGUGUUAUUCAAAAUAUGGUGAUUGUUUAUGUUGUCAAAUAAGCUGUGAUCUUUGACAGCCUUGUGUUAAAGUGUACAUAUGAAUUUAUAGCGUUAUGUAGCAUCUUGUGUGUUAUUUUGUUUUUACUCAAAUCAGUUUGAAUCAUGUAAACGCUUUGUUGCAAUUAUCUCAGGAAUCCACAUAAUCCAUUGUGCUAAUUGGCUACCUGACCUUAACACUUAACAGUCUGACCAAUCAGAGAGCAGCUUGCUUGUUGACACGAUUUUUCAACUUUUAAAAUUCUGCCUUAUAUAUAUGCUGAGCUGUAUAACUUGCGCCAACCUAAUUUUAUGCAAAACUGAUAUGAACAAAAUAAUGAUUUGUUUUUGUUUAUUUAAAAUGUUUAUAAAGAUUACAGUAGCUGAGUUGAAUUAAUUUGAGCUGACAUAAAUUAGUACAUUUUCAUUCUAGCGUUACCAGUAUAUGGUAAAGAACCGCUACCUUUGAUGAUUUCACUUCUGUGUAAGAAUUACAAAUCACAUGUAUACUAUCAAAUGAUAUUUAAAGAAAUAUCAUAACUAUGGGUAAAAUUCCUAGAAUGUUGAUAACAAUUAGACCAUAUGAUGAGGGGCACAUCUUUCAAUAUUAUUGAAUAGAAAUGUAACCAGAACAUAUUUUUAUCUGUAAUAAAUAAAGAAAUACCGGUA